CGAUUUUCUUUCCCAAAUCAUCUGCGUAUAUAUUAAAGAACAAACAAUUCCUUUCACAAGAAUUGCCAUCUUUCGGAACGCGCGACGGGGUUUAGGGUUUUUUCAUUUCUCUCCAACUAUGGCUGAUUCUCCUCGCAAACGCUAUGGGCGGUCUCCUUCUCCAUGGGAAGAGAAUUCAAGAUCCAGAUCAAGGUCGAGAUCCAGGUCCAAAUCUAGAUCUCGUUCUAGAUCAUGGUCAAGACCAAGGGCCAGGUCUAGGUCCAGAUCGGGGUCAAGGGGCCGUGGAAGGGAGGAUGCUGUUAAUCCAGGGAAUACACUCUAUGUGACUGGCCUAUCUACGAGGGUCACUGAGAGAGACCUUGAAGAUCAUUUCUCUAAGGAAGGAAAGGUGAAAUCAGUAUUUUUGGUCGUGGAACCGCGGUCUCGCAUCUCUCGGGGCUUUGCUUUUAUAACUAUGGACUGUCUUGAGGAUGCCAAUCGCUGUAUCAAACACCUCAAUCAAUCAGUGUUAGAAGGCCGGUACAUAACCGUGGAGAGGUCGCGGAGGAAGCGCGCAAGGACACCCACUCCUGGUCAUUAUCUUGGGCUGAAAAGUACUCGGGGUGAUGGUUAUCGUGGUGAUCGUGGUAGGUAUCGUGGGGGUUCCAGCCGUGAAGAUUAUGGCUACCGGAGGUCUCCUAGGCGUUCACCUUAUAGGGGGGGACGUGAUUACUCUCCUAGACAUUCACCAUCUGGUGGAAGAUCAAGAAGGGACAGGUCCAGGUCAUAUUCGCCUCGACGUAGUCUUGAAAGGAACUAUGCACGUGGUUCUAGGUGAAAAUGUACCAUUUAGAUUAAUUGCUGUUGCUAUUUGAAAUGACAAGAACAGUCAUGAAGACUAUGAACUCGUGUGUUGUUUAGAUUCAGUGGUGCACUCAAAUGUGAUUGAUGCUUAUUGUUUCUUAUCAUAGCAUGGAAAACUUAUUCUACUGUAGCUGGUGUCUCUUGGUUCAGCAUUACUGCUAGUGACCAGAUGAUUUGGUUUCUGGAUA